ACUGUUCAAUAUUUUUUUGUGAGCUAUCAAUCGUUGCUAGAUCGUCAAAUUAACACGACUCAUGCAAUUUAAGUGAUUUACACCGUACUUAAAACUAUAUAUUAAACUCAAUUUAACGCUGUUUCCAAAAUUUUGUUCCUUAUGCUCAAGACUAAAGCACUAUUUAAAAUUUUCCAACUCAAAAAAUACAGAAAAACAGAAAAAUUUGAUUUUGUUACAAACCCUUGAAUGAAAAGGACCUGUCAGAACAUUAAUUAAAGACCGACGCUCUUUAUACAUAUUUUUGUAAAAGAGUAGUUAUAAAAGCAGCGUAGACAUGGAACUGAAACGCUUAAUUAUUCUACCUCUUAUCAAAUCGAGCUGGCAAAGUUUAUGUCGCUCAUUUCAACAUGCAGGCUUCGCCGAUAAGGUGAAAAAAAGGACAGGAAGCCGGACAUUUUGACCCGAAUUUUUCCAGUCUCAUUAUGAACCUUGGAAACUAAUGAGAAUGAUGAAGAGAAAAUCAUUUCCUUUGUUACUAUCGUUUCUCAUCAACAUUAUAUUUUUCCUCGCUGGGAUUUUCGAGGCGCCAAGCACAUCCGCCCGGAAUGGAGAGGCUUUAGUGACUGUGUCAUCUCGAACACUGUCGGGGGCGCAGACCCUCGGCUCCGUGGUAGUUGAUAAUGCCGAUGCUGGAAACACGUCUUUGGUGGAAAUAUUUAAAAAUACUCUUCUUCACGGAAAAUUGGAUCAAUCAGGAACAUACCUGACGCUGUCAAAUGUUAUCGUGGCCCUGCACAACGAAAAUGUUUUAAAGGAGCCUCUGUGUGUUGCAAUCCAAUCGUCUUUUGACCAGCUCCACAAACUUCCUGAUUUUGUUUCCACGUGGCCAGGACCCGUCUCCCUCGCAGUCUUCGCGCCUGGCGACGAAUUUCUCCUCGCAAUCUCAUACGCAAAAUAUUUAAGAGCCUGUUUUCCAGCAAUCAAAGCCCAGGUGAACUGGCACUUUGCUUUUCCCAUCGAUUACCAAGCCAACGAGCAUUCCAUCGGCCAGGUCUGGCGGGACAUGGCGUUGAACUGCAGUCAGAACCAAAAUGAAACCCUUGUGAGAGUGCAGGAGAGACUGAGUCCAGAGGCGAGAGAAGACAUAUCUGCGAAGAGAAAAAACCACAAACUGCCGUACCCGCAAAACCUGAUGCGAAAUUUGGCUCGGCAGCACUGCCUGAGCGAGUGGGUCAUGUGUCCGGACAUAGACAUGUUGUUUCCCAGGCCUGACCCGCAGGUGCAGCCGCCCCUAACGGACAGACUGAAAGCUUUUCUGCAGUCCCCAUCAGCCACAAAAUGUGCAAAUUGCGCUUUCGUGUUUCCUCUGUACGAAGUGGAGCACGAAAAUUUCACCCUGCCGAGCAGCAAAAGCGAGUUGCUGGCGUACAAAAAGAGAAACUGGGCCCAGAUUUACCACGACAAGGUUUUCAGUCCGAACCAGGGCUGUUCUAAACUGGCCACCUGGGAGCAGAGGUCUGAGGAAAACGUGCAGGUCGCCUACAAAAUUGAGUUUAAAAUGUUAUGCGAGCCAAUCUACGUGGCUAAACGGGGAACUCCCGUGUUUGACGAGAGAUACGUCGGUUACGGAAUGACCAGGAACACUCAGGCAUACGAAACAGCUCUGGCUGGCUACACUUUCCACCUGUUAGACGGCAUUUUCCUGAACCACGUGUGGGGUUUGCAAAGUAGAUCAAUGCAGGAUUUCGCUCGGAAGCGAGAGGCAUCGAAGAAUUACAUAUUUUUCACCAGCGUGCAUGCUCGAGAACUGGCUGCGAGAUACGACAGCGACAAAUUUAACGUGCUUGCCAUGCAGAAGCAGGGCAAGAGGAACUACAACGUCGUCAUGGGAACAGUUAAACCAAGAAAACAAAUUUAAACACCUUUGUUCUCACAAGGGUUAUUUUCUCAAGAAAAAAUAAAUGUUUGCAUGUUUUCUUCUAAUAAAACAAUGGAAUUGAGUUUAAAUAUUAUUUAAA